AUGGAUAACAAUGGUAGAGGUGAUGAUAGGGUAGAGAAUGGAUUCAACCCAGAAGAAGAUGACAGGAAGAAGGAGAUGAAGGAGGCUGAGAUGUCAGUGGAACAAAUCUUUGAGAGCCAGGAAGUGCCGUCAUGGAGGAAACAGCUGACUAUGAGGGCCUUUGCUGUCAGCUUUGUGUUAAGCAUUUUGUUCAGUUUCAUAGUAAUGAAACUCAACUUAACGACGGGAAUCAUCCCAUCCCUCAAUGUUUCCGCCGGGUUGCUGGGGUUCUUCUUCGUGAAGACAUGGACCAAGAUGCUUGAAAAAUCUGGUCUCUUGAAACAGCCUUUCACCAGGCAGGAAAAUACUGUCAUUCAGACCUGCGUGGUUGCCUCCUCCGGCAUCGCCUUCAGCGGAGGAUUCGGGAGUUACCUCUUUGGAAUGAGUGAACGCAUUGCCCAGCAAUCAGGGGACACUGGCGGUGUCAAGAAUCCAUCCCUGGGAUGGAUCAUUGGCUUCCUCUUUGUUGUUAGCUUUCUUGGUCUCUUCUCGGUGGUGCCUCUUCGGAAGAUCAUGGUCAUAGACUUCAGGUUGACAUAUCCAAGUGGUACUGCAACUGCACAUCUUAUCAAUAGCUUCCACACCCCUCAAGGAGCCAAGCUAGCAAAGAAGCAAGUAAAAACGCUGGGCAAGUUCUUUUCUUUCAGCUUCUUGUGGGGGUUCUUUCAAUGGUUUUACACUGCUGAAGAAACUUGUGGAUUUUUUAACUUCCCUACACUUGGGCUUAAAGCAUAUGAGAACAAGUUUUUCUUCGAUUUCUCAGCAACAUAUGUUGGAGUGGGGAUGAUUUGCCCCUACAUAAUAAACAUAUCGGUGCUGCUUGGAGGCAUACUUUCUUGGGGUGUAAUGUGGCCUCUCAUUGAAACAAGAAAGGGUGACUGGUAUCCUGCAGACGUUUCUUCAAGCAAUAUGCAUGGCCUACAAGGUUACAAGGUAUUUAUCGCCAUCGCCAUGAUUCUAGGUGACGGCCUGUACAAUUUUUUCAAGGUGUUGAGUAGAACCCUCAUAGGCUUGUUUCAUCAAAUUCGACGCAGACAGGCUCUCCCCAUUGCAAACCAGCCCUCUCCUGAUACCUCAAAUAAGUUAUCUUAUGAUGAUCAGCGCCGAACCCAACUCUUUUUGAAAGAUCAGAUUCCUACAUGGUUUUCUGUUGCAGGUUAUGUCACAAUUGCUGUCAUCUCUACCAUUGUUCUUCCACACAUCUUUCAUGAACUCAAAUGGUAUUACAUAUUGGUCCUCUAUGUCUUUGCACCAACACUGGCUUUCUGUAAUGCAUAUGGGUGUGGACUGACUGAUUGGUCCCUUGCUUCCACCUAUGGCAAGCUAGCAAUCUUUACAAUUGGAGCUUGGGCAGGUUCACAUGGUGGAGUCCUUGCAGGCCUUGCAGCAUGUGGCGUCAUGAUGAACAUUGUUUCAACAGCCUCAGACCUAAUGCAGGAUUUUAAGACUGGGUACCUGACCCUAGCUUCUCCUAGGUCCAUGUUUAUUAGUCAAGUGAUUGGCACUGCCAUGGGCUGCAUAGUUUCACCUUGUGUCUUCUGGCUGUUCUACAAGGCAUUUGAUGACUUGGGGCUUCCUAACAGUCAAUACCCUGCUCCUUUUGCAGUUGUUUAUCGCAACAUGUCUAUAUUGGGGGUACAGGGCUUCUCUGCUCUACCAAAAAACUGCCUCUUGCUUUGUUAUGUGUUCUUUAGUGCAGCCAUCUUGAUAAACUUAGUUAAAGAUAGGGUGGGUAAGAAAUGGGGAUCUUAUAUUCCACUUCCAAUGGCAAUGGCAAUACCUUUCUACAUUGGGUCAUACUUUGCCAUUGAUAUGUGUGUUGGGAGUUUGAUUUUGUUCGUUUGGGAAAAGAUAAACAAGGCAAAGGCGGAUGCAUUUGGGCCAGCAGUAGCUUCUGGUUUGAUCUGUGGCGAUGGUAUAUGGACUUUGCCUAGUUCAAUACUUGCUCUAGCAGGGGUGAAACCACCAAUUUGCAUGAAAUUUCUGUCAAGGGCAACAAAUGCUAGGGUUGAUAAGUUCUUAGGGUCAUAAAGUUGGAAGUUAGGGUAGCAAGGAAGUAUGCAUGCAAAAUCUAUGGAUACUCUUAGCCAUGUACAAUACCCCUUCAAAUAUUUUAUGUACGUUAUUUUCCAGUGUUUCCUUCCCCUUCCUGAUGCAGACAAAACAAUGUCAGAUUCAAUGAAACGAUCUGCCAUCAGUGGAGGCUGAGAAAACGAGAUCAGACGCAAUGUAGUUAUGGUCACUAUCAAGGGAUGUCUUAAAUAGCUUUAGGUACAUGUAAUAGGUGAGUCUGUGAAAAGAGAACAUGACUGAAAUAGUUGAUAUUGUCUUUGUUUUAGCAUGCCUAGAGUUUCUGUUCCUCCAAGUCUUCUUUAAGUUAUUGGAAUUGCUUAUUUCUUUAA